AUGAGCUCGGUUUCCAUCGAGAAGCCUGAUUUGGAGGAAGAAAUCAUCGAUGAUGCGGAGUCUUUCGAUCAUCGAAAAGAAAGUGAUGACCCGGGAAAUGAUGAUUUGGUCACGAUUAGCUCCCUCCCGAAAGAAAGAGGCUACUUGACUGACUAUUUUUACCAAUUCCAAGGCUUCUGGUAUGACCAACAUUUCCUGAGAGGAGCCAUUUGGGCCCAAGCCCACUUCAAGGCCCAACCCACUGACAUUGUCCUAGCAACCUACCCCAAGACUGGCCUCACUUGGCUCAAGGCCCUUGCUUUUGCCACAAUGAACAGGGCUCGCCUGGAAAACUGCCCUCUGCUCACAAAGAACCCCCAUGAUUGCGUGCCCUACAUCGAAUUCCAAGCCUACGAAAAGGACCCAAUCUCGGCAUUAGAAUCCCUCCCUCAGCCUAGGCUCCUGUCGACCCACAUACCCUACAAUUCCCUCCCGGGAUCCGUCCUCGCUUCCAACUGCAAGAUCGUGUGCAUCACGAGAGACCCGAAGGACAUGUUCGUGUCGAUGUUGAGCUUCCUGAGCAAGAUCAACGUCGGGAACAAGGAGCCCAUUUCAAAGGAUGAGGCCUUUGGGCUCUUUUGCAAUGGGGUAUCCCUCGUGGGCCCAUUGUGGGACCAUGUGCUGGGCUAUUGGAGGGCUAGCAAGGAGAGCCCAGAGAGGGUGUUGUUCUUGAAAUAUGAGGACCUUAAGAAGGGCACUUUGGGUAAUGUAGAGAAGUUGGCCGAGUUCUUGGGCUGCCCCUUCAGCUCGAGGGAGAAGGAGAACGGGGUCAUGGAGGAGAUCGUGAGGUUUUGUAGCAUCGACAGCUUGAAGAAGUUGGAAGUGAAUAAACGCGGGUUUUAUCAUAUGGGCCAGGAGUCCGGUGUAACCGUCGAGACCGGUGCUUUCUUCAGGAAAGGAGAGGUCGGGGAUUCGAAGAAUCAUCUCUCAGAAGAGAUGGUGAGGAGGAUCGACCAAAUAACUAAGGAUAAAUUCGAGCCUUAUGGCUUGAAAUACUAG